UUGGUGAUCGUGUCGUCGCUCGUUGGACAAACAACAAAUAUUACGCCGGUAAUGUUUCAUUUAUUUCUCGAAAAAAUAAAUCUAUUGGCAUCCUGUUUGACGAUGGUGAUAAGAUAACACAUCCACUAGCAGACGUUAGCGCUGUCUUUGCCAAUAAGGUACCUGUUUCCGUCAAGUAUAAGGACCAUGUGAUUGCUCCAUGGAAAGGAAGUUACAAACAGUACAUCGGGUUUGUGAUAGCAGUGGAAAAGAAACGCUUUUUUAAAGUUCGUUUUGAUGACAAUUACGAAGCCUGGUACAAGAAAAAUAAACUUAGAAUCCUUCCAAAUCCAUCAUCUUCCCACCAAGGUUAG